AUGAGACUACGUGCUCCCGUUCAAGCCGUGCAGCCGUCGCAGCGUCUGACUACGCUCAUAGAACAAAACAGCGAGAUCAAGAAGUCCGUGGACUCCAUGGCAGCCAAGUAUGAGAGCCUCUUAAACAAAGUUGAUGUCCUGGAAAAAGAAAAUUCACAGUUUAAAACUGAAAUACGGACACUAGAAAACAAAGUUGAAUUAUUAGAGAAAGAGGCCAAGUCAACUUCAAUUGAAAUAAGGAAUAUUCCAAAAGCCGACCAAGAAAACAAAAAAUCAUUGACUGAAACGGUCAAAACAAUCGCAUCAAUAGUAGAAACAGAUUUGGAUGAAGGUGAAAUAAAGGACAUCUUUAGAACAAAGUCCAGCGCUAUCGUAGUACAAUUUACCUCCGUUAUUAGAAAGCAAACUGUUAUUUCGAAAUUCAAAGAAUUUAACAAAACAAAGAGAACUACUCAGGAGGCUCAAUUGAAUACCGAGACUUUGGGCUUGCAAGGAACUGCAAAACCCGUCUAUAUUUCGGACCACCUUACCACAAAGUCGCGACAUAUUUUCUUCUUGGCGAGAGAACUUAUAAAAACAAAGAAACUUGUUGCUGCUUGGACAUACCACGGUAAUAUCUACGUCAAGAGGGAGGACAGCGAUCAACCCGUCCGAAUAUCCAAUGAGCAGGACCUGGAGAACCUAGUGUCAUAA